AUCAGCUGAGCGCGCGGCGCGCGUCACGUGGUGCGCGUGUCGAAGGUCACGGCGCGCUCACAAUGGAGCUCUCGGAGUAUGUGCAGAAAGGCUUCCAGAUGCUGGCCGAUCCCGGCUCCUUCGACUCCAACGCCUUCACGCUUCUCCUCCGGGCGGCUUUCCAGAGCCUGCUGGACGCCCAGGCGGACGAGGCCGUGUUAGAUCACCCAGACCUGAAACAUAUCGACCCAGUGGUUUUAAAACAUUGUCAUGCAGCAGCUGCAACUUACAUACUGGAGGCAGGAAAGCAAAGAGCUGACAAAUCAACUCUAAGCACCUAUCUAGAAGACUGUAAAUUUGAUAGAGAGCGAAUAGAACUGUUUUGCACAGAAUAUCAGAAUAAUAAGAAUUCCCUAGAAAUCCUACUGGGAAGUAUAGGCAGAUCUCUCCCUCAUAUAACUGAUGUUUCUUGGCAUUUGGAAUAUCAGAUAAAGACCAAUCAACUUUAUAAGAUGUACAGACCUGCAUAUUUGGUGACCUUAAACGUAGAGAACACUGAUUCCCAAUCCCACCCAGAGAUUAGUUUUAGUUGCAGCAUGGAACAAUUACAGGACUUAGUGGGGAAACUUAAAGAUGCUUCGAAAAGCCUGGAAAGAGCAACUCAGUUGUAACUUGGGGAAGUUAACGCUCCGCCCGGGUCCAGAGGAAGACCAGGAACACCUUGCCAUCGUCCGAACAAUCGUUGAUGCGAGCUGGAUGUCCUCCUUUUCAGUAGACAACCUUUUUCCUUUUGGACUUACGCCACUCAUCAGUUUUGACACUUUAUUUUUUUGCACUUGUGAAAGGGUUGAGGGAAAUUCUAAGUAUUUGACUCAUCUUUAGUAUUAACUGCACAUUGAUCUCAUUUUGAUCUUUUUCAAGUCUAACAAAAGGAAGUAGACGGUAUUACACUGUGAAUAAAUAAGUUGUUCCCACAAAAAGA